CGUGCCGCACCCUCUUUAUGAUGUGCUGCAUUUACGGACACCCGGCGAAGGUAUUUGUGUGUCGUGUUGACUUUUUGUCGUUGUCGUUUACCUGUCAGCUCAGCGACGCUCUUGACGACGGCGCCCCCUCUGGGGCCGGCACCCAAUCGGCAGGAAGCCUGGCUUGGCCGCAACAGCCCAACCGGCCCGGUGCGCCCGCCAACCCCACCUGGGGCGGAGGUCCCGGAGGUCAGUGGCCUGGAGGGCAGCCCGCUGCCGGAGGUGCCGGUGGGGGUGCGGGCCAGUGGCCCGGAGGGGCAGGUGGGUGGCCCGGACAGCAGCCCGCUGGCGGCGGUGCAGGCGGGUGGCCCGGACAGCAGCCCGGACAGCAGCCCGCAGGCGGGUGGCCCGGAGGACAGCCCCCGGCCACAGGCGGAGGUCAGUGGCCGUCCCCGUCAAAAGGUAGCGGGGACUGGCCCGCUCCAUCUCCCGGAACGGCGGCCAACACUUCUCUGACGGUCCCGUACAGCCAAAAGAUCCCCAACGGCCUGAGAAGCGGAAGCGUCAUUCACAUCAAAGGAAGCAUCAAACCCAAAGCUGACAAGGUGACGGUGGACCUUUCCACCGGCAGCGAUCUGGCGUUCCACUUCAACCCUCGCUUCAACGAGAGCGGCAGGAAGGUGAUCGUGAGGAACAGCAAAAUCGGCGGCAGGUGGGGCAGCGAGGAGAGGAACCUGUCGCGCUUCCCCUUUACGCCCGGCCAGCCCUUCGAGUUGAAGAUCGAGUGCACGUCGAGCGCCUUUGUGGUGUCCGUUCAAGGCUCUCACCUGUUGGACUUCAAGCACCGCGGUGGAAACCCCGGUCAGAUCCGAAGUCUGGACAUCUACAACGACCUGUCCCUUUCGCACGUCAGCAUACAGUGACCUCUGACCUCUGAACGCAGUCCGUCAACACCUGCCGGAGUCUGAAAAAUAAAGUCGGCUUGAAGCCCA